AUGGGCUCAAAUAAUAUUAAACUCUUAGCGGGGAAUUCUCACCCAGAAUUGGCUGAAAAGGUGUCAGCAAAGCUUGGCGUAUCACUAUCGAAAAUUGGAGUGUAUCACUACUCGAAUAAAGAGACUUCUGUGACUAUUGGUGAGAACAUUAGGGAUGAAGACGUCUAUAUCCUCCAGACUGGUACUGGCGAACAGGAAAUCAACGAUUUUUUGAUGGAAUUGCUGAUUAUGAUCCAUGCGUGCCGUACAGCUUCAGCGAGAAAGAUUACAGCUGUGAUUCCAAACUUCCCUUAUGCUAGACAGGACAAAAAAGACCAGUCGCGUGCCCCUAUCACGGCGAAGUUGAUUGCGAAGAUGCUGGAGACAGCGGGGUGCAACCAUGUUAUAACCAUGGACCUGCAUGCUUCGCAAAUACAAGGAUUUUUCCAUAUUCCAGUGGACAAUUUGUAUGCCGAACCUAACAUUCUUCACUAUAUUAGGAAAGAAGUGGACUACCAGAACUGUAUGCUGGUUGCUCCCGACGCAGGCUCGGCAAAGCGGACUUCCACGCUUUCAGACAAGUUGAACUUGAACUUUGCUUUAAUCCAUAAGGAAAGACAAAAGGCAAAUGAAGUUUCUAGAAUGGUUUUGGUCGGAGAUGUAACAGGGAAGUCGUGUAUUAUUGUUGAUGAUAUGGCAGAUACUUGUGGUACUUUGUCCAAAGCGACGGAUACGUUGAUUGAAAACGGUGCCAAAGAAGUUAUUGCAAUUGUUACUCACGGAAUCUUUUCUGGCUCUGCAAGAACUGUCUUGAAGAACAGUAAACUUGCGAAGAUCGUAAGUACGAAUACAGUUCCAGUGGAUUUGAACUUAGACAUUUAUGAUCAAAUUGACAUUAGUGCUAUACUGGCCGAUGCUAUUAGAAGACUACAUAACGGUGAAAGUGUGUCAUACUUAUUCAAUCAUGAAGUAUUCUAA